AUGGCGCGCGCCAAAACACUCCGCGCCCCGACAACAGCCAGUCUACCAAACAACCUUCGCAUCCCCUCAACAACCCCCUCGCUCGCCAAAUCCCUCGGCAAACACUCCAGACAAGCACUCCUCGAUCUAGCCCUUCUCUGGCUGGACGACCGCAAUAUCACAUUUUUCCCGCCAUAUCUCCAAUCCAACGCCCGGAAUGACACCAACGAUGAAGAAACCCUCCCAUACCCCGCGGCCGAAACCAUCGAGGAUAUUCGACAAGCAUACAUAGACCUGCAAGAUCGCAAAGGUGCGAAGCGCGAGGUACUCGAGCGGAUAUUGGAGGGUGAUUGGCGUCAUGGGAUUACGUUGCGACAACUCGCAAUGGCAGAUCUGCGCUAUAUGGACGAUCACCCCUCGAGUUUGCGAUGGACAGCCCUGGAGCUCAGUCGCAUCGAUGCUAGACAGAAGAAGUCGAUCGACACUCCCAUGCCUGAUUGGUCGACUAGUAUCCCACGCGCACAAGCUGCGACGUUCGUCAGAGCCCUCCAACAAGAAAUCUCCCCCCUCGUCAAGGCUCAUUUCCAUCUCUCCCGCUCAUCAACCCUCCCCCUAACAUUCCUCCGCAUUUUCAUCCUCGACACGCCCUACCAAACACCCCGACAAACACCCGAAGUCUUCGCCGACUCCUCGCGCGUGAUUUACGUCGCGUUUCCGGAUAGCUGUCCGUUCAUAUACACCUCCGUCUCUACGUCAACGGGCUCCAAAGCCGCACCCUCGACGAGCUCGGUGGCCACCGAUCCACGCAGUUUGCAGCGGUUAGUGCGCGAUGCGGUUCCAAAGGCUCUUUCGCGUCCGCAUGAGCGGUAUACACUUAAAGCUACGGCUCUGGCGGCGAAGAGUCUACCUACGUUACUUGCGCUGCGUGGUCCGGGACGGACGACGGCGGCAAAUGGUGCUUUUAGCAUCUUUGCUGAUGCGGCUGUUGAGGGGAGUCCGUUGGAUCCGCGUCCGUCGAAUACGGUCUCGGCGGAGGAGCAUAUGCGUGUUGAUUCGAAGGUUGUGUCGACGGAAGAUGAUAAAGAGAAUGAGGACGCUAUCAAUGGCUGGGGUACUGCAUCAAAGCGACAAAAGACCGGUGGUGACGGCACUGGUGAUGGCCAUCUUUCUCCAACACGACUUGCGACAUACUCGCGAUUCGGCACAACCGGAGGUUCACACGUCCCUGCACCUCUCGACCGCCUCGACAUCCGACUUUUAGAUGCGCCGUCUAGCGAUGGCGGCGAUGCUGCUACUGCUGCUCUACCAACAAUCUCACUGACAUUCACGGGCUCGGACGUUAUCGGGGGAAUUCGCAAACUCGCCGAGCUAGGUGUCAUUGACCCUGAGCGCAUGCCAUCCUGGAUGACGGGUGAAGAAGCUGUUAGCAUGGCGGUUGUACGUGGCGGGAAGCGGAUGAAGAGUUCUGCUUGA